GUGGCAAAAGGCUAGAGCAAGUUUUGCCAACCACACAGACGCGGCAGAGUGCCGCUCGCUCGGCCGCUUGGUUGGUAUGAAUGCUACAGUUCCGCCUAUGCACACAGUUGUUCACCAGCCGCUAUCGACUGAUACAGGCGGUUUUUAGUACGCGUUUACGUCGCCAUCUGUUUCAUUUAUUUACUGCUGUUAAUUUAGUCUUCUAGAUGAAUUUACUCUUCGAAAUUCGGUGUCUCAUUGUUUGAUCAUUGAUCAUAAUAGUUUAUUGUAAUUAUUACGUAUGUAGGAGGUUUCUAGUACGCGAUUAUUUACGUCGCCGUCAACUCUUCAUUUAUUUACUGCGGUAAAUUCAGUCUUCUAGAUAAAUCUUCUCUUCGAAAUUCAGUGUAUGAUUCUUUGAACAUUUAUCAUAAUUGUAAUUUCGAAUCAAUUACAAUGGAAUUCAACGUUGAAAGAUUGAUAAAAGUAGUGAAAGAGCGGCCGGCGAUCUGGGACACCACGCAUAAUAAAUGGUACACUAAGAAUAGUAAACUUAAAGCCUGGAAGGAAAUAGUUGAAAUUAUCGACAGAGAAGACAAUGAUGCGAACAUACCUACAUCAAAGCUUGG